AUGCCCCUCCUGGGCCUAGGAACAUACAAGCUGCAGGGCAAGCAAAUGCACCUGAGUGUUGACGCUGCGCUCGGGGCUGGAUAUCGUGCCUUUGACACUGCUACAGUGUACGGCAAUGAAGCAGACUUGGGCCGUGCCCUGUUGGACCUGAUGCCCAAGCACAAACUGAUAUCUUCCUCAUCGUUAAACUGUCCUCAGCGGACAUGGGCCCAAUGGUCGCAGAGGGCUGUGCUCGUAGCCUGGAGAGGCUGCGGUUAG